AUGGCUGAUUUGGCAUUGAAACCACCGAAGGAUCUUUAUACCUUUAUGGUAAAGGUGGACAGGUAUAUCAAUCAGAAGGAAACGCUCCGAGCCCUUCUCGGUGAUUCUCAACAGCAACAGCAGCCUUCCACUGAGAAACCCAAGAAAAAGAAGAAGCCCGAGGCCACUCAGGAUGACAGUCCUAGGGAGUACAAGAAGAUAAAGAGGAAUUUCAGAGAUUACAAGUGGACUCCAUUGAAUGCCUCUCUCACCGAGGUGCUUAUGGAACUCAAAAAAGAUCCACACUACCAGAGGCCGACGCCCAUCCCAAGAAAUCCGCCUCUACGCUUGGCUCACAAAUACUGCGCCUUCCAUGAUUCAUAUGGUCAUCUAACCGAGCAGUGUGUAUCCCUGAGAGAAAAUAGGAAGUUAGUCCGAUUUCUUGUUGAUGAGAGAAAUCAGCAGCGACAGGAACGGGACCAAUAUCCGGGGCCUAGAAGAGAAGAAGAUCGAAACGAAAGAAGAAACUAUCAACCGAGGCAGGAAGAAAGAAAAGACGAAGACUAUGCGGGAGUUUCUCUUCCACACACCGACGCUCUCGUGGUCUCUUUGACAAUAGCUAACCAUCAGACUCGGCGAAUCCUUGUUGACACAGGAAGCUUUGCAGAUGUCCUGUUUAAAUCAGCCUUUGACUAUAUGGGCGUUCCGCUGGAGAAGGUAAUCCCGGUCACGUGCCACUUACUGUGUUUCGUCGGAGAGGAAAUGGUGCCUCUCGGAUCAAUUGAACUCCAUGUCACUGCAGGAACUUACCCGAGGCAAAAGGUCAUCAUGGUAAAAUUUCUGAUAGUAGAAAAAGCUUUAGCUUACAACGCCAUUAUUGGAAGGACAGCUCUCAAUGACUUGAAAGCUGUUACCUCGACACAUCAUCUCAGUAUGAAGUUCCCGACCGAAGAGGGAGUCGGAGUGGUGAAGGGGGGUCAGAGAGAGGCUAGACGUUGCUACAACUUAUCUUUGAAAAAUACCCCAAAGAAGUGCAGCCUGGGUAAGAAGACUAAGGAGGAAGAGAAAUAUCAAUCACCGUUAAGGGAGCCUGUGGAAGAAUUGGAGGAAUUUGAAGUGGGUGAUCCCAAGAAGAGGGUUCGAAUAGGUUCACAACUCCCCCAACAUGUGAAGGAAGAGCUGGUGGCGUUCUUAAGGUGCAAUAGUGAUGUAUUUGCCUGGAGCCACGAAGAUAUGUCAGGGAUUGAUCCCUCGGUCAUUGUCCACAAGCUGAAUGUGGAGCCAAAUCAUCGGCCAAUGAAAUAG